AUGAGUAAAAUUUUGAAAUAAAUGUUGUGGUUAGUUUCGAUGAUGAGUUUUACGGUUAAUGGGAUAAUUGACAUACAAUCUCAUGUGAAAGGAUGUUUGGAUGCAAGUUGUACAAAACUCUGUUUAUUGGGAGUUGCUGAUUGUAGUAAGACAGUGCCAGUGUGUGAAUACGGUUAUUUCUUAUUCAAGGAGAAAUAUUGUGUUAAAUGGUAUGGUUUUCCUGGAUUCUCGUCAGAUAUGCGAUUUGAUUGCAUGGACUGUUUAGAAAACCCGACCUCGUGGGCUGAAAACAGGUAAUGCAGUUACGGAUAUGAAAUAACAAAUGGGGAUGCUUUGAGCGGUGUUUUCCAAUAAUAAAACGAUUCCGCAUCAAGUUUAUAUUUUAUUGUAGCCUCUAAUUAAUAACCAACUAACCUGGUUGAUCGCCAGGUAGAUCUACCAUAUGUAGCACAAUUGUGUGAGGGGUGUGACGAGUUUUGCGAUGAUGAUACAGAUGAAGCAUGUAACUUUUUUGAAGAUUAUAAUAACAAUGACGUUGACCCUCAAGUUGGAGUUUCUUGCUUAGAUGGCUAUUACUUUGAGAAUGAUAAUUGUUUAAAAUGUAGUCGCUAUUGUAUGCAAUGCGAUGAAAACGAAUGUCAAUAAUGCUUCAAAGGCUAUCUAUUGAAGGAGGGUGGCACUUGUUUGGAGUGUCCAAUUGGAUGUUUGGAUUGCAAUUUUGGAUUUGAUGGCAUUACGAUAGAAUGCUAUGAAUGUUAACAGGAAGGAUUUGGUGAAUAUUUUUUGCCUAGUUUAUUUUUGGCGACUUGUGAAACUUGUGAAAGUGGAUGUUCAAAAUGUGAAUAUAUGACCUAUGACGAUACUAUUUACCCGACAUACUUGACUAGAGGUUUGGAGGUACCAUUUGAAGAGGAUGUUAAUAAAUAUAUUAAGAGAUGCAGAUAGUGUAGAGGAUCAAAAUCAUUUAUUAAUGCCAGUGGAAGAAGUUGCUCGAAUUGUAACAUAGCAGAUUGCAAAUAAUGUUACUAGGAUUUGGGCGGUGGAGUUACAACUUUGGAUCCUGAUUUCACUCCUAAGGAUGGAGACUUUGAUAUCCUCUGCUAUAUGUGUUCAGUUGGCUAUCAGUUGAGUGCAGAUAAAAAGAGUUGCACUACUUAAACUGAUCCCAAUUGUGCAAUACUCAAUUCCGAUGGUACUUGUUAAUAAUGUGCCAAUGGGUUAAUGUUUGAUUCUACUACCACUCCAGGGACAUGCACAACCACAAAGUGCAGUUCAAAGAUAUUGAAUUGUGUGGAUUGCUUUUCCUAUGAUGAACCUGAUGCCGAUGUAACAUAUGAUGAAAAUGGGAUUCCAGUCAGAUCUUAAAAAAAAUAAAUAUAGUGUACUAAAUGCAGUCUCGGUUAUUAUCCUGAUUUCUUUAGUGGAAAAUGUGUUAGAUGCAAAUAAAAUUGCUAGCAAUGUUGGUAGAAUACAGAUUCAUAUAACCUUACUUAGAUUAAUUCCGUUUAUUAAGUCUAUUCUUAAACGGCCAAAUCAUCCUUCCUAAAUGAAGAUUUAAAUGAUCCAUAAUGUACAUUAUGUUACAAUGGUUAUGACUUAUACAAUAACGAAUGUUAAGGAUGUGGUGAUGGUUGUCUAUUAGAGUAAGUCUCAAUGUGUGUUUUCGAAUUUGAUACUGCUUAUUGUUCAAAAUGUCCUCCAGGUUAAAGGUCCUUAGUAAAUGAUAAUAGUGACUGUGCUGACUGUCCACUCUAUUGCGAAGGUUGUAGAGAACGAACCCAAAGUGAGAUCUACAAUAUCAACCCAUUAUUCAACCCAAGUAAUUCCGAUUUUCAAAAGUAUUCCAAUCUUUGUUACAAAAUUAUGAAAAAUUUUGAUGUAACCAAAAACUUAUAUCUCGACACUCUCACAAACAUGCCCACUGCUUGUAAUUAUCCAGGCACUUCAAAGAAAUGCUACUACACUUCAACUAUCAACUUUGAAUUAAAUUGUGAUGAUGAUGUAACUGUCCCCGAUGCCUUGGACUUGUCAUCAAUCUUCAAAGGGAAAUCAUCAACUGCUACUCUCAUAUUGAAAGACAUUGAAAAAUAUGAGAACUACUUGUUAUUGAACAAAAAUGCUGUAUAGGAAGUCACUCUUCUAAUUAAUAUUCAUGGCUCAGAGUGCAAAUUCACCAAACCUACUCAAUUUAAGACCUAGCUCUAAUAGAAUGUGUUUUCAUUAUUAAAACUGAAUGUACACUUUACCUCCUCUACAUCUGCCACCUUCUAUUAAAUAGGACAUAUUUCCUUCUCUAAUAUCAAUAAUUUGAGAUUUGAAAAUAUUAAAUUUGCAUAUAACGAUGAUAUAAAGUCAAAGAUUAAAGAUUUCGGUAUAACUUUAAAAGGCAAAUCAAGUGCUUUCACACUAAUCAAUUCUGAAAUCUCAAAGGAAGAUUCAAUAGUUUAGGGUAUGUUCUCCUUCAAUUUUACAGGAGUUCAAAAACUUACUUUAGAUUAGGUUGAAUUUUUAUACUUGUCACCUAUUGAUCAAUUCCUUAAUUAAAAUUUCACCUAGGAAAGCACUUACACUUUGUCAUUAAAUAAAGUCAAAUUUACUAGAUGUCGAUUCCUGAAUAACCAACAAUUAUUUGAUUAGAAUCCUGUCAAUAAUACUAAAAUAACCAUCAAUGAUUUCACCCUCUUUAAAUCAGAGUUUAUUGGAACCAAUAUUUUCGGAUCUCUAAAUGGACAGACUUAUGCAAAAUUGGACUUGACUAUUACAAAUCUUAAGAUCCAAUUAUGUACAUUCUUGUAGUCCAGUUUUAUUAUAAGCAAUUAAUUAAUAGCUAGCUCAAUUUCAAACGUUGAUGUUUACACAAGUUAAUUCGUUGGUUCAUAUAUUUUUAUGCUGAAUCACAUAAACUUGUAGAACAUCUUUGUAGGAUCUAGCAAGAUUUUGAACAAUUCUAUCAUAUUAUCAACGUCUCCUAUAGUGGAUGCUAUGGUUGUUCCAAAAAGUGUAUUGUAAUAAUUUAAGAUCAGCAAUGUUCACUUUGAUUAAAAUGAGUGCAACACUAUCAACUGCUUGAUUUACUUAUCAACUCCUAUGAACGCAUAUAAUGUCUAAGCCGAUUUAAAAAUUGAAUCUUUACAGGUAAUAAAAUCUGCUACCUUAAUUUACACAUAAGUUAUUAGAUAUAUAGAUUCUGCCAUGUGUGUGUUCAAACAAUUCUAGAAUAUUAAAAUAUAGAAAAUGAAAACAGUUGAUAGCUAUGGCUCAAUAGUGUUUUAUUUUGACCAAAUAAAAUCCAUUGAUGUUGAUACCUUUUAAUGUGACUCAGUUCAAUCUGAAUUCAUGACUGUAACUGAUGAAAAUGGAGAUGAAAUAGAGGUUAAAAACCCGUACAACAAUUUGAUUCCCUCUUCAGAUUAUUGUGCUGAAUAGCUAUGGUCGUCAAACAAUUAUAACUUUUAUUGUCUCUAUGUUAAUGAAUAUUCCCAUGGGGUGAAAAUGAACAACAUCAUAAUAAGCAAUCUGCUGUUGUUAGACUUUAAUGCUAUAGUCAUACAAUCCUAUGACAUUCUAAAAAUGAAGACCAACAGAGUCAAGGACAAUUUAUAACAAUUUUACUCUAACUAUGAGAAAGAGGUCAUCAUAAUCACAAAUAUCUAUGCAUUUAACAAUACAUUACUCGCCUAUGAUUUGGGAUCACAAUUGUCUUUACUAUUAAUUAAAUCACAAUAGGAAUAAUAAAUUAUUAUAAACAAUGCACAAUUCGAGAGCAAUCACUUGCAUAAGUCAUCUUUAUAUCAAAUGAUGAUUAGUGCUACUGUCUUAGUAGUUCAAUCAUAAUAAGCCAUAAUGAAUAUAUCCUAUGCUACAUAUGAUUAUAAUCGAGCCACUAAAUUUGAAUACGGAUUAAAUUAUGUUUUAGUAAAAUCUCUUAACAUGAAUAAUUGCUGGUUUCGAUCAACCAAUCAAUUUGAAGGAGUUUGGUUCAAGAAGUUAAAUGAAAAUUAAAUGAAUGAUACUUUAUAAGUUUGGGAAUUUUUUUAGGUAAAAUCCAAAGGAGCUAAUUUGUAUUUAGUGACUCAGGAAUUGAACAUGAAGGAUUGCUAAUUUAUUAAUAGUUUUGGAUUGGAUGGUGCAGGAAUAUACAUAGUGACAUAAGGGGCUGGCAACUUAUUGAUAAACAAUACAAUCUUCAAGAACAUCAAGACCAAUUUAGAUUAGAAAUACUUGACCCAAGGCGGAUGCUUAUCAAUUGAUGCCAAAGCAUCAGCGAUGUCACUCACCUUAUCAAAUGUUAACAUGGAAGAUUGUGUGAGUAGAUCCAAAGGUGGUUGCAUUUGGGUGGGCUCAUCAAAGAACCAACAAUUAAUUUAAAUUAGUGACAGCAAAUUCAUCAAAUGUCAAUCAUUGACUUCUUAAUUCAUGGACGUCUAAUUCUUUGAUGUAGUUAAUUAAAUAAUGUCUAUGAACAACUUAAAGAUUGAGAACAAUAAUCUACAAGAAUUUUUGUCUCAUGUACCUGAUUUAUCAGAGACUGAAAUUGAUCAGUUCAAAACAUCUGCCUCUGUUUACACAUAAGUAAAUGGAUAAUUGAGGAUGAACCACAUUUCCAUAUACAACAUAGUUAACUAGAACAUUAUCUAUGCUGCCAACUUAUACAGAGGAUAUUUUAAUCAGAUUUAAUUUGUAAAUAACACUAUCUUUAGUGCUCCUCUGAUGCGCUUUACCUUAAAGGAUGAGUUAGGAACUGCCUAUUUAGGUUCAAUUACAUUCUCUAAUAAUAACUAAUUCAUUCCUUAAAAAAAGUUUAGUAUAUGUACCAACUUAUUUUUUGUAAUCCCAACAGAAGCCUAUGAUGAAUAAACUUGUGAUCUAUGGUAAGAGAACAUCGCUCUGGUUGAUUAAAUAUUUUCUGAUUCCCUUUUAGUGAUCGAUGAUUUAGAAUUGGAUGAUGAAUACUUAGGUAUGAAUGACAAAACCAAAUAUGGAUGGCAAGAAAUAGAAAAUGAAUUGCAACCAACUGCUGACGAUCUUCCACUCAAUUUUGUAUAUGAUUAGAAUGUGAAGGAUUGUAUAUUCUAUCAACUGUUCAGUGAAAUUUCAAACAGAACCUCCGCUUACAUCUAAAUACUAAAUAUCAGAGAAGGGAAUUAAAUUAAAAUAGAAGGGCUAGAACUAAGCAACAAUGAUUGCACUGUCUGUACCUAUGGAUUAGUAUAGAUUAUCCAAGUUGAUAGAGCAGUUGAUAUCAUAACUAUCAAUUAUUUGCUUUGCGUUAACAAUCAUCUCUCUUAUUUCGGAUGUUUAGCGAUUACUGAGGAUAACCAAUUGAAAGAUAUUCAUUUCAAUAAACCCUUAUAUGGAAGGAGAUUACUAGCUCAAACCAAUGACCAGUAUUCGAUAUAAGUAAAUAACUCAAGAAUUAUAAAUAAUAUGGCUGCUGUUGGAUCUGGUCUAAGUGUCAUUAGUUUGAAUAUAGUGUUUGAUAAUUGUGAAUUCUCCAAUAAUAUAGCAUCACUAGUUGGGGCUGGAAUCUAUUACGAAUCAAUCAAUUCGUAUAUAUAGAUAUUCAAUUCUAAAUUCAGCUACAAUUAAGCUUAGGCUGGAUCAGCCAUCUAUUUAGAAGGAACAUAAUUGAGCAAUCAAACCAAAUGUAAGAACUCAUAUGUAUAAAAUAUUGGCACAUCAACUUAUGAGGAUCCUGUUGGAUUGAAAAUCACAAUGAAUGAUUAGAAAAUGCCCACCAUUCCAUUCUCUAAGUAUACAAAUGAAGAUGGAGAUGUUAUAUCGAGUACCAUAGCUAUGAUAGAUAAGGUGUCUACAGAAAAAGUGCAAUUGUUGAAUUAUCCUGAAAUAACUGAUCUCUUGAUUGUACCUUCAGGACAAAAGAUUGGAAAUUACAAGUUUUAUUUCAUUGAUACCAUGGAACAGAUACCUUAUGAUUGGAAUAUGAAAUUAAUAUAUUUGAAUAGAUUUGAUGAGAAGUUAGCCUAAGAAUAUUCUUCAGAUUCAUGUUAGAUAGAUGCAAGAAUAUAGAACUUCAGUUUCUAUGAUAAUUCCAAAGAAUACAUGAGUAACUUUACAAAUUAUGAUACUUUGAAUUACAAUGUGGAGGAUUCCUCUUUUGAACUGGAUAGCUUGAUAAUUACAUUUGAUCCAUACAUGCACGAAGAUCUAUAUUUAGAAUUGAGAUUUUAUUGUCCAAGUGUGAAAAAACCUGUUUUGCAAGCUGAAUACCCAUAUAAUGUAUUGUCCUAAAAUAAAAACUAUUAUUUGUUAGCAAAUAUUAGAACUUACCCUUGUCAAUUGGGGGAAGCUUACUACGACGGAAAAUGCGAGGCUUGCGAUAUUAAUUAAAAAAAGUUUAGUGUGGUGCCAAACUCACCUUCAUGUUAAUCAAUUAGUUAAGAAAGUAUGAUUGAUGUUACUCCAGUCGGAAUCAAACUCAAAUAAGGAUGGUAUAGACCUUACAUAGAUAAUGAUCAAUACGAGUAUUGCUUAAAUCUUCCUGCUAAUUGUAAUGGCGGAUGGAUACCAGGCAAUCCUUCAUGCUAUACUGGUCACAUUGGUGCUUUAUGUGAAAGUUGCGAUCUAUACGCUCUAAAUAAUGACAUUCGAUAUUCUAAUACUGAAAAGUACGUCUGCUCUCCUUGUCAAAAUACUAGAGAUUCAAGCAUAGGAAUAUUAGCAGGAAAUACCAUUGCAACAGUUGCUUCUAUCACCUUAUCCGUAAAAGGCACAUACGAAUUGGUCAAUCAGUUUUUGAUGGUUAAAAGCUUGGUUUUAAUGGGAGCUAGAUUCAACCAGAAUGCUAAUCAAUUGGCCACGCUCAUCAAAAUGUUGACAAACUAUUUCUAGAUCAUACAAAUCGUUAAUCAGUUCUAAUUAGUUUUACCUAAGGGAUUAACCAAAACCACAGAUGCUGCAGGUAACCCUACGAAAUCUAGCUCAUUCAGUUUGGAUUGUCUACUUGAACCUAUGACAGACAUCAAUAUGCUCUACUUUAGAAUGAUUUGGGCUCUGAUUAUGCCCUGCAUCUAUUUGAUCAUAUAUUUUGUUUAGUACUUCUUUGGAGUCAUGAUUGGCAAAAUUCCUUACAAAGCUCCAAUGAUUACCACAGCCUUUAUCUAUAUGUUCAUUUUCACACAGCCAACUCUAGUAGGAGGGUUCAUCUAAUUGGGAAGUUCAAGAAUCGUAUCAGGAGUCAAUUGGGUUUAAGCAGAUGUUGCUUAUCGAAGUGAUACUGAUGAGCAUUAACUAUGGGUUGCUGCAUUCGUUGCACCUAUGAUUGUCAUCUGGGUUGCUCUCUUGCCAUUGAUUUUCCUUUAUAGGGUUUACACCUAUAGAUUCCACUUGAAUAAUAGACAUAUUCGUUCGAGAUGGGGAUUCUUUUAUAAUGAAUACGAUACCUCAGCCUAUUAUUGGGAGUUUGUGAAAAUCUUUUAGAAAGAAUUAAUGGUUAUCUUUCUCACCUUUUAUGAGGAUUACGUUCUCAUCAAGGGGGCAUUGGUAAUUCUGGUCUUGCUUUACUAUUCAUGGAUCUAAAUUAAUACUAAGCCUUAUGCAAAUAAUGAUCUUAAUCAUCUUGAUCGUUACUCGACUAUCGUAUGUAUCAUCACCUUAUUGAUUGGUUUAUUAAUUUACACCUCCCAGGAAUAUGACACCUAAUAUCUAAUUAUUAUCAUGUUUGUUUUAUUAGGCAUCUUUAACUUGUUAUUCUUGAUACAAAUCAUAUUUAAGAUAUUCGAAGGCUACCUGGUCAAACUUUCAGAUAAGAUCGACCCUAUUAGAGAUUAAAUUGUAGCUCGCAAGCCUAAUAUCAUUUAUCAAUAUCCGAGUCUUAGAAAAUUCCUAAGGAACAAGCAAAAAACUACUCAAAGAGUUAAUGAACUUUGGUGUGCUUUGAGGUCUUACACAAAAGAACAAAUAAGAAAUAAGAGAAACAAUUUACCUAAAUACGAGCUAAUCAUCAAUGCUCCCUAUGAUUUUGAGGCAGCAAAAUUACCCAGAGACGUUGCAGCAGCCAUCAUUCCAAUUAUGGAUGACUAAAUACCAGAAUAUUUAAUAAGUGGAGCAGCUAAGGAAUUCUUGGAAAAAGCCAAUGGAUUUGCUGAUACUUUUAAAGAAGAUCAAAAUCAAACUAAAUAAGAAAAGAAGGCAGACAAUAAUAAGGAUUAGGGAUUUUUAGGUGGUUUAAAAUCAUAUAUGCCUUAAUCUGUAAAAGAUAAAAUCGAGAAAGCAGAAAAAAAGAUCGAUGAUGUUAAGAAAAUGAAAGAGCAAACCGAGAAUAUUGUAGCCAAAGGAAAAUAACUAGGAGGAGUUAAGGAUUAGCCUACAAAUGAGGAGGAGGCAAAAUUAAAAUAGAAUGAAGAUCCACAAUAAAAGUAGAAUGAACAAGAGAAAGAGAAAGAGUAGGGAGGAGGAGGAUUCUUCGGAUCUAUCAAAUCAUUUAUGCCCGAUAGUGUGAAAGAAUAAAUUAAGAAGGCUGAGGAACAAUAAAAAUAAAUUCAAAAAAAUAUUGAUGAUGCAAAAAAAAUGAAGGAGAAACUUGAAUAAGCAGCUUAAAAUAAAGACAACCUACUUUAAAAUGGAGUUGAUUUCAUGCCUGAAGAGAUGAAGGCCCAAAUGAAGAAGGUUGAGGAAGAAAAAAAGAAAUUAGAAUAAUAAUAUUAGCAAGCUAAAGAGAUGGCAGAAAAGGCAUAAAAUACUGCUAACAAUAUUCAAUAGGGUAAUGUCUAGGGAUUUUUACCAGGUGACAUCUAAAAUAAAUUAAAAGAUUUAGAAGAAUAGAAAAAAACUCUAGAAAAUAAUUUUCAGUACUAAUUGAAUACCGAAAAGUCUCCCUUAGAUAUUGGUAAUCAAUCAUAGCAACUUUUGUUGAAUUAGGACAGUUAACUUGAAGUCUUUAAAAAUGACCCCAUGCGUAUAACGAAUAGCAACUUCUAAAAUUUUGGUGAUAAUCUAAAGAAAAAAUGA